AUGAACCACAAAUUGAAUUGCCCCGCGUUAUCGCAAUUGCCAGAUGCUUCAAUUAUCCAAGGAGCACCUAAGGGUAUUUACGUGACCUUGCCUGUUAUCAUAUUGGCCUUCCAGCAGUUCAAUACCAGUGUGCUUCUUGUCACUGACUUUACAGAGAUAACGGGACUGGGGUUCGCACAUAGGCAGCUGCCACAAAAUUUGCCCCAAGAUUUUAUUUUCCGACUGCGUCAACUAGACCAUUCAAAAGUUUUGGCUAUCGGUGUUCCCUCUUAUAGGGCCGAGCACAUUUGGGAUGAAAUACGACUGUUUGGACCCCAAAUGCAAAAAUAUGAUUACCGGCAGCCUGAACACUCAAAUAUUCUGCGAGAAGGCGUGGUGGCAGUUGUGAAUUUUAAAUUGAAAUCGUAUAAAGGGUAUUUGGAGGGAUGGAUUGGCCAGUUUACCGUUUUGAACCGCUUGAAAUAUUCAACUAAAGAGGGCAUGAAUGACUUACCCCCCGACUCUUUCCUGAACUUUAAACAGCUACUAGCUAAACACAUGGAUUGCACACUCUAUGAUUCUAUGGUCGCUUCUUUUCCCGUUGAAGAGUUUAUCAAGCGACAAGAAUUGCCUGGGUAUAAACCGCCGACUAUCCCAGGUAGAAAACUCGAGCAAAAUUUGGCACCACGGGCAGUAGCGUCACUGCCUCCAACAAAAAUUCGUAGAAUGGCACCUUCAGAAGCGAUUUAUCGAGAACAGUUCAGCCAGGCCCCAGCAACGAGAACUCAAUCAUUAGAUUCCUCCCGCAAAAUUCGGGAAGACAUCAGAGCAAACCAAGAGGUACCAGCAACACAAUUCACAGAUAUUCCUAGACCGCUGCUGCGCAUCUCCAAUCGUGUCGACAGUGUGUCUUUUGAGGACUUUAGCGUAUUCAAGUGCCAUGUCAUGAAGCCAGGCACUAAAUUUCGCAUGAGAUGUACCUUGGCUGAGGUCAUGCCAGCGGCUGAGGAUCUCUUUGUGAAAGGCUUCAAAGAAACCCUACUGAUAGCUCAAAUAUCGUUCGUGCUCACCAACCUGAUUUCGCUGGUGACAGUUGAGAUCAACACCACAGCAGAAGCUUGUAAUUUUUUUGGAUUUGAAGAAGUCGAAGAGGCAAUUAAUAAUAUUGGCUAUCUUCAGAAUACUUUUGGCCUGCUUCGCUCCCAGAUGGUGACCAUUGAAGUCGAGGCUAAAAAGAUAAGCCUACCCACAGGUUUCUCCUACACAUAUUGGUGUCCAAGUUCUACGCUUGAAGAACUCUCCCGGUUCAGCCUCAAAUUCCCAUGA